CCCCGCCCUCCCGCCAGGCCCCGCCCUCCCGCCCUGACCGGCCUCCCGGCGUCCGAGCGCGGCGGUGACUGAGGGACCCGGGCGUCAUGGCGGCCUCCGAGCGCCGCGCCUUCGCACACAAGAUCAACAGGACGGUGGCCGCGGAAGUUCGGAAGCAGGUGUCCCGGGAACACAGCGGCUCCCCGCAUGCCAGCAGACGCAGCAGCACCGCCCUGGGGGUACCCUUGACGGAGGUCGUCGAGCCCUUGGACUUCGAAGAGAUGGUGAACCGGCCGCUGGCCUCCGAGUCCGGGCCCCUCCGAGACCUGCUGGACUUCCCUGCGGACGACCUGGAGCUGUUGUUACAGCCCCGGGAGAGCCGGACCACCGAGCCUGGCAUCCCGGAAGACGGGAAACUGGACCGGCAGGUUCAGGCUGCCGUGGACAUGUACACACAGGACUGGGUCAUCGUGCGCAGAAGCUACCAGCAGCUGAGCGCAGCCUACAGCCCCAUCACCACCGAGUCGCAGCGGGAGCGGCAGAAGGGCCUCAGCCGGCAGGUCUUCGAGCAAGACGUUUGCGGAGACGAGAAAGGCGGCGCCGAGGACUCGCAGGACGACUCCCGGAGCUGUUCCGGCUCUCUGGAAGACGCCCCUUGCGGCAGCGGGGCCUCCGGCAUCUUCGACCUCAGGAACCUGGAGGCCGACUCUCUGCUGCCCUCGCUGCUGGAGCGGGAGGCCCCGGAGGAGGUGGACCGGCGCAAUGAGGCCCUGCGGCGGCAGCACCGGCCCCCCGCCCUGCUCACCCUCUACCCGGCGCCCGACGAGGAUGAGGCCGUGGAGCGCUGCAGCCGCCCAGAGACACCCCGGGAACACUUUGGACAGAGGCUGCUGGUCAAAUGUCUGUCACUCAAAUUCGAGAUCGAAAUCGAGCCCAUCUUUGGGAUCCUGGCGCUGUAUGACGCACGGGAGAAGAAGAAGAUCUCAGAAAACUUCUACUUCGACCUGAACUCGGACUCCAUGAAGGGGCUGCUGCGGGCGCACGGCACGCACCCGGCCAUCUCCACGCUGGCCCGCUCUGCCAUCUUCUCCGUGAGCCACCCGUCACCGGACAUCUUCCUGGUCAUCAAGCUGGAGAAAGUCCUCCAGCAGGGAGACAUCAGUGAGUGCUGUGAGCCCUACAUGGUGAUGAAGGAGGCAGACGCAGCCAAGAACAAGGAGAAGCUGGAGAAGCUGCGGCUGGCAGCCGAGCAGUUCUGCACUCGCCUGGGUCGCUACCGGAUGCCCUUCGCGUGGACGGCCGUGCACCUGGCCAACAUCGUCAACAGUGCGGGCCAGUCCGACCGUGACUCGGACUCGGAGGGCGAGCGCCGCCCGGCCUGGACCGACCGCCGCCGCCGGGCCCCGCAGGAGCGCACGACGGGCGCGGACGACACCUGCAGCUUCUCGGGCUUCCGGCCUGCCACGCUCACCGUCACCAACUUCUUCAAGCAGGAGGCUGAGCGACUCAGCGACGAAGACCUCUUCAAGUUCCUGGCUGACAUGCGACGCCCAUCUUCCCUGCUGAGGCGCCUGCGGCCCGUGACAGCCCAGCUGAAAAUCGACAUCUCCCCGGCGCCUGAGAACCCACACUUCUGCCUGUCCCCGGAGCUGCUGCACGUGAAGCCCUACCCGGACCCCCGGGGCCGGCCCACCAGGGAGAUCCUGGAGUUCCCGGCGAAGGAGGUGUACGCCCCGCACACCUGCUACAGGAACCUCCUGUACGUAUACCCGCACAGCCUCAACUUCAGCAGCCGCCAGGGCUCCGUGCGCAACCUCGCCGUGCGGCUGCAGUACAUGGCGGGCGAGGACCCCAGCCAGGCCCUGCCGGUCAUCUUCGGCAAGUCCAGCUGCAGUGAGUUCACGCGGGAGGCCUUCACCGCCGUGGUGUACCACAACAAGUCCCCCGAGUUUUACGAGGAGUUUAAGCUGCGGCUCCCGGCCUGCCUGACCGAGAACCACCACCUACUAUUCACUUUUUACCAUGUCAGCUGCCAGCCGCGGCCCGGCACGGCGCUGGAGACGCCUAUAGGCUUUACCUGGGUACCCCUGCUGCAGCAUGGGCGCCUGCGGACCGGCCCCCUCUGCCUGCCCGUGGCCGUGGACCAGCCCCCGCCCAGCUACUCCGUGCUCACGCCUGACGUGGCGCUGCCGGGCAUGCGCUGGGUGGAUGGUCACAAGGGCGUGUUCAGCGUGGAGCUCACAGCCAUGUCCUCGGUACAUCCCCAGGACCCCCACCUGGACAAGUUCUUCACCCUGGUGCACGUCCUGGAGGAAGGGGCCUUCCCGUUCCGGCUCAAGGACGCGGUGUUGAGCGAGGGCACCGUGGAGCAGGAGCUGCGGGCCAGCCUGGCCACCCUGCGCCUGGCCAGCCCCGAGCCCCUGGUGGCUUUCUCCCACCAUGUGCUGGACAAGCUUGUGCGCCUGGUCGUGCAGCCCCCCAUCAUUGGCGGCCAGAUGGUGAACCUGGGCCGUGGGGUCUUUGAAGCCAUGGCCCACGUGGUCAGCCUGGUCCACCGGAGCCUGGAGUCGGUGCAGGACGCCCACGGCCACUGCCCGCUGCUGGCUGCCUAUGUCCACUACGCCUUUCGCCUCCCUGGCACCGAGCCCAGCCUUCCGGGCGGAGCCGUGCAGGCCACCACGCUUGCCCGGGGCUCCGGCCGCCCGGCCAGCCUCUACCUGGCCCGCUCCAAGAGCAUCAGUAACAGUAACCCCGACCUGGCCGGGCCCCCAGGCUCGGUGGACGACGAGGUCUCCCGCAUCCUGGCCAACAAGGGUGUCGACCGCUCCCACUCCUGGGUGAAUUCCGCCUACGCUCCGGGAGGCAACAAGGCGGUGCUGCGGCGGGCGCCCCCUCACUGCGGGGCUGAGCCCAGACAGGCCACGGACCGGGCCUCCUCGUACCUCGAGGCCACCUCUUCCUCCUCUUCCUCCUCCUUGGCCUCGUGUGCCAACCAGCCAAGACCCACUGCGCACAAGCUGCUGCACGAGGAGCUGGCCCUGCAGUGGGUGGUGAGCGGCAGUGCAGUGCGGGAGGCUGUGCUACACAACGCCUGGUUCUUCUUCAAGCUCAUGGUGAAGAGCAUGGCCCUGCACCUGCUGCUGGGCCAGCGGCUGGACACUCCUCGAAAGCUGCGCUUCCCAGGGCGCUUCCUGGAUGACAUCAAGUCCCUGGUGGGCUCGGUGGGCCUGGAGGUCAUCACACGGGCGCACAAGGACACCGAGCUGGCAGAGCGCCUCAACGCCAGCCUGGCCUUCUUCCUGAGUGACCUCCUGUCCCUGGCUGACCGUGGCUUCGUCUUCCACCUGGUCCGCGGUCACUACAAGCAGGUGGCCGCCCGGCUGCAGUCCGCCGCGAACCCCACAGCGCUGCUGAGCCUGCGCAUGGAUUUCACCCGCAUCCUGUGCAGCCACGAGCACUACGUGACCCUCAACCUGCCCUGCUGCCCCCUGUCGCCGCCCGCCUCGCCCUCCCCCUCCGUGUCCUCCACCGCCUCCCAGAGCUCCACCUUCUCCAGCCAGGCCCCGGACCCCAAGGUGACCCUCAUGUUCGAGCUAAGCGGGCCGUUCCGGCAGCAGCACUUCCUGGCUGGGCUCCUGCUGACCGAGCUGGCAUUGGCCCUCGAUCCUGAGGCCGAGGCGGCACCGUUACUGCACAAGAAAGCCAUCAGCGCCAUGCACAGCCUGCUCUGCAGCCACGACACGGACCCCCGCUACACGGACCCCACCGUGAAGGCCCGCGUGGCCGAGCUGUACCUGCCUCUGCUGUCGCUUGCCCGGGACACGUUACCACGCCUACAUGACUUUGCCGAGGGCCCUGGCCAGCGCUCCAGGCUGGCGUCCAUGCUCGACUCAGACACGGACAGUGAGGGGGACUUCGGAGGGAGCAUCAACCCCUCUGUGGCCAUGGCCAUCGCGGGCGGCCCGCUGGCCCCCGGCUCGCGCAGCAGCAUCUCCCAGGGGCCACCCACGGCGCCCCGCGCGGGCUGGCCCCUGUCUGCCGAGUCCAGCCGCACCCUGCUGGCCUGCGUGCUGUGGGUGCUGAAGAACGCAGAGCCCGCCCUGCUGCAGCGCUGGACCGCCGACCUGGCCCUGCCCCAGCUGGGGCGGCUGCUCGACCUGCUGUGUCUCUGCCUGGCCGCCUUCGAGUACAAGGGGAAGAAGGUGUUCGAGAGGAUUAACAGCCUCACCUUCAAGAAGUCGCUGGACAUGAAGGCGCGGCUGGAGGAAGCCAUCUUGGGCACCAUCGGGGCGCGCCAGGAGAUGGUGCGCCGCAGCCGGGAGAGGAGCCCAUUUGGCAACCAGGAGAAUGUCCGCUGGCGCAAGAGCGUCACGCACUGGAGGCAGCCCUCCGACCGCGCGGACAGGAGCAAGGAAGACGUAGAGCAGGAGGCCUUGGUGGACGGGAACCUGGCGACCGAGGUGAGCCUGGUGGUGCUGGACACGCUGGAGAUCGUGGUGCAGACGGUGAUGCUGUGCGAGGCGCGGGAGAGCGUGCUGGGAGCCGUGCUCAAGGUGGUCCUCUACAGCCUGGGCAGCGCGCAGAGCGCCCUCUUCCUGCAGCACGGCCUGGCCACCCAGCGGGCCCUGGUAUCCAAGUUCCCGGAGCUGCUGUUUGAGGAAGACACGGAGCUGUGCGCCGACCUCUGCCUGCGGCUCCUGCGCCAUUGCGGCAGCCGCGUGAGCACCAUCCGCGCGCACGCCAGCGCCUCGCUCUACCUGCUCAUGCGCCAGAACUUCGAGAUCGGCAACAACUUUGCGCGCGUCAAGAUGCAGGUAACCAUGUCGCUCUCGUCCCUCGUGGGGACGACCCAGAACUUCAGCGAAGAGCACCUGCGACGCUCACUCAAGACCAUCCUCACCUACGCCGAGGAGGACGCGGGCCUGCGGGACAGCACCUUCACCGAGCAGGUCCAGGACCUGAUGUCCAACCUGCACAUGAUCCUGACCGACACGGUGAAGAUGAAGGCGUACCAGGAGGACCCGGAGAUGCUCAUGGACCUCAUGUACAGGAUCGCCCGGGGCUACCAGGGCUCCCCGGACCUGCGGCUGACGUGGCUGCAGAACAUGGCGGGCAAACACGCCCAGCUGGGCAACCACGCGGAGGCGGCUCAGUGCAUGGUGCACGCGGCCGCGCUGGUGGCCGAGUACCUGGCCCUGGUGGAGGACAGCCGCCACCUGCCCGUGGGCUGCGUGUCCUUCCAGAACAUCUCGUCCAACGUCCUGGAGGAAUCGGCCAUCUCUGACGACAUCCUGUCGCCCGACGAGGAGGGUUUCUGCACGGGCAAGCACUUCACGGAGCUGGGGCUGGUGGCACUGCUCGAGCAGGCCGCUGCCCACUUCACCACGGGCGGGCUGUAUGAGGCAGUAAAUGAGGUCUACAAGAACCUCAUCCCCAUCCUGGAAGCCCACCGAGAUUACAAGAAGCUGGCGGCCGUGCACGGCAGACUGCAGGACGCGUUCACCAAGAUCAUGUGCCAGAGCUCCGGCUGGGAGCGCGUCUUCGGGACCUACUUCCGCGUGGGCUUCUACGGAGCGCGCUUCGGGGACCUGGACCAGCAGGAGUUCGUGUACAAGGAGCCCUCCAUCACCAAGCUGGCGGAGAUCUCGCACCGGCUGGAGGAAUUCUACACGGAGAGGUUUGGGCAGGACGUGGUGGAGAUCAUCAAGGACUCAAACCCCGUGGACAAAUCCAAGCUGGACCCACACAAGGCCUACAUCCAGAUCACCUAUGUGGAGCCGCACUUCGACACGUACGAGCUAAAGGACCGAGUGACCUACUUCGACCGCAACUACGGGCUGCGUGCCUUCCUCUUCUGCACCCCCUUCACGCCCGACGGCCGCGCGCACGGCGAGCUGCCCGUGCAACACAAGCGGAAGACGCUGCUCAGCACCGAUCACGCCUUCCCCUACAUCAAGACGCGCAUCCGCGUGUGCCACCGCGAGGAGAUGGUGCUGACCCCCGUGGAGGUGGCCAUCGAAGACAUGCAGAGGAAGACGAGCGAGCUGGCCUUCGCCACGGAGCAGGACCCGCCCGACGCCAAGAUGCUGCAGAUGGUGCUGCAGGGCUCCGUCGGGCCCACGGUGAACCAGGGACCCCUGGAGGUGGCACAGGUGUUUCUAACCGAGAUCCCCGAAGACCCCAAGCUUUUCCGACAUCACAACAAACUGCGGCUGUGCUUCAAGGACUUCUGCAAGAAGUGCGAGGACGCCCUGCGGAAAAAUAAAACCCUAAUAGGGCCGGACCAGGAGUACCACCGGGAGCUGGAGCGGCACUACUGCCGCCUGCGGGAAGCCCUGCAGCCGCUGCUCAGCCAGCGCCCGCCCCAGCUGCUGGCAUCGGCCCCCAGCAGCCUCAGGAACUCCCUAAACAGAGCAAGCUUCCGGAAGGCAGAGCCUUGAGCGCACACCCAGGCCCCCGGUGCGGGGCCGCCCUGUCCAGGCUGCACUCUGUCCC